UCAUACUUUCAUCCACAAAUCCAAAAAAAAAGAAGGGAAACUUUGAAAGGAUAAGCAAACCUCACAGAUUACACCAUUACAGAGGGAGUUGAGCGAGGAAAUCCCUCUCUCUCCUCCACUGAAUGUAGCUGAUAAACCUUCUAAUUCUGUUCUAUCCUUCUAACUUUAAGUAAGUUACAACUAUUAUAUAAUUCCGAGCCUACUAAAUUCCGACUAAUCUCGACUCAGACCUGAAUUCAACCUUACCACAUUCUAGAUAGAUUAAAAAGUUUCAUUGCAUUUUUCGCAAUGUCAAUCUCUCUCCAAUUCUUAACCACUACUUCCCCAACAACCGCCGCCGUUGUCGCCGCCUCAUCUUCUCUAAUUCCGCAGUCAGGAGCACUCUUCCGGUUUCUCCGGAAUCAUCAUAAACAGAUAGUUAAUUACUCUCAUGGAGUUGGACCCUUAUUAUGCGGAAGUAAACUAAAUUUAAUUAGACCCAACCCCGUUUUAUUUACUUCUUCUAAUCAAUUUAUAAAGGGUUUUGAAGAUUCUCGACGUAGUAUCGCCGCCUACUCCGCCGCUUCUGACGGUUCUGCUUCUACCGAGAGUAGUAGCAGCGCCGCCGCUGACGAUGAGCCUUUUAAAGAUGCUGCUGAAAUUGUGAGUGAUGCUGAAGAAGAAGAGUUUGGGUUUAAUCUUCCUGAUGUUGACCGUUGGGAUGUUUUGGGUCUUGGCCAAGCUAUGGUUGACUUUUCGGGAGUUGUCGAUGAGGAAUUUCUUGAGAGGUUGGAUUUAGAAAAGGGGACAAGGAGGCUUGUGCAUCAUGAGGAAAGAGGUAAAGUUUUGCGCGCAAUGGAUGGUUGUAGCUACAAGGCUGCUGCUGGUGGAUCAUUGUCCAAUAGUUUGGUUGCUCUUUCGAGGCUUGGUAGUCUUCCUGUUGGAGGGCCUGUUCUGAAUGUUGCCAUGGCGGGCAGUGUUGGUAGUGAUCCAUUGGGUGGAUUCUACAGGGCCAAAUUGCGUAGAGCAGGUGUUGAUUUUCUGUCUACACCACUCAAGGAUGGGAUAACUGGGACAGUUAUAGUUCUUACUACUCCUGAUGCCCAGCGCACAAUGCUUGCAUAUCAGGGAACGUCGUCCAAAAUCAACUAUGAUUCUGGACUGUCCGACAUAGUUUCCAAGACAAGCAUUCUUGUUGUUGAAGGCUAUUUAUUUGAACUCCCUGAUACUAUUAAAUCAAUAACAAAAGCAUGCAAAGAUGCACACAGCAAUGGAGCCCUUGUUGCAGUUACAGCAUCAGAUGUGUCCUGCAUUGAGCGGCACUAUGAUGAUUACUGGGAAAUAAUAGGGAACUAUGCUGAUGUUAUUUUUGCAAAUAGUGAUGAAGCUAGAGCUCUGUGUAAUUUUUCAUUGAAGGAAAGCACAGCUUCUGCAACAAGGUAUCUAAGCCAUUUUGUCCCACUUGUGUCUGUGACCGAUGGACCCCAAGGAUCCUAUAUUGGGGUGCGAGGAGAAUCUGUAUACAUCCCUCCAUCACCUUGUGUACCAGUAGACACAUGUGGAGCAGGAGAUGCCUAUGCAUCAGGGAUUUUGUACGGUAUAUUGCGAGGAGUAUCAGAUGUAAAAGACAUGGGUACAUUAGCAGCUAGGAUUGCAGCUGUAGUUGUUGGCCAACAGGGGACUCGGCUUAGGGUUCAAGACGCUGUUGAAUUGGCGGAGUCAUUUGCUUUCCAUCUUGAAGAUUCCUCAAUUUGACUGGAAUAUAUCUGUUCCUCUGUGCCUUCUUGUAUGUUGAAUACACCAUCAUUCCAUAUUAGUUCACUUGUUCAUAAUAAUGUUUAUUCUUCAUUGUACAUCUCCGAUUAUAUUCCAAAAUAGGAAAUCACUUUACUUUCUUCCCUUUGUCCUCCAUUGUAAUGUCCUCUACUCCUCUUGGCUAACUAUGUUGAUGCCCUUAGGAUUUAGCACUGCCUUAGGUAACAAAAUCAGUUGUAUCAUCUGGACAUAAUGUAUGAUAAAAUGAAGGUAACGUGGAUGGUACGAGUAGAUGAACUAUUGGGUUCUUGCUUGGUGCCUUCUUGUA